AUGACACGAGUUUUUAUUCUUCUAGUGUUUCUAAUCAUCGUUGGACAUACAACUGGUUUGCGUCAAAGGCGUCAAGCAAAUGGCUGCGGUGCUGAAGGAAGUGUCAACAUUGAUCGAAGUCUCAAAUAUGUCGGUGAGCACGUUAUGAUUCCCUGUUGUAAUAGGCAUGAUAUUUGCUAUGAGACAUGUGGUAAAACACAGAAUGAAUGUGAUAGUGAAUUUCGAUCAUGCAUGAAUGCUGCUUGUAAUACAAUCAAAGCCAGCGAGGGUGAAUGGUGGAUGGCCAUGCGACGAUUUCUUUGCCUUGCCGAUGCUCUCGCAAUCCACAGAAUUGUUAUCGCAUUUGGCACUUCUCCUUACAAUGCAACACAACAGAGCCAUGGUUGUGAACAUUUCGCUUGA